AUGACUGCGUCUCUAGGUGCUCUUUCUCACGCUGGCUCCUUCGGCUUGCAUACACGCCUACCCCUGUCGUAUUCAAGGCUAAUUGGGGACAUGUGGCUGAACCGGUCGUGCCAUGACUCUGCUGGUUCGCCAUGUAGUAUGCACAUUAAAAGCAAUAGUUCGCGCGCGGAAAUAGCAGUGUGGCUGUGCUGUCGAGUUGGGACGUAG